AACUACGCAGCAUUGAUACAGCAGCAAAUUAAUGAGGACAAGCAAAACUUGAGAGAAAAGUCUGUGUAUGGAAUCCAGCUCACAGAAGAAAAACUUGAUGACUUCCGUGAUGAACAGAUUGGGCAACUGAAGGAGCUGAUGGAUGAGGCUACCAAACCUAACAAGGAAAUAACCAUUUCUAAAGACUCAGAACAAAAAAAAUAGAAGAUUUAAAAAAUUGUUUUAGUGCAUAUGGAAGCAUUUUGAAACUUCCUUUUCCAGUUGGACUUGAUUGUGGUUUCUGUGAAAUAAUGGGCACUGCUGAUGCCAUAACUUGUCUGAAAUGGAUGUGUCUGGGCAUUUGGCUUUCUGUGCAAGAAUAAAUGUGAAAAUGAAAUAA